AUGUAUCAGUCCUCUUCCGAUUCAGAGAUAGAAACACCCUCCAGAAUUGUUCGCUUGCAGAAGCCUCAGCAGCUCUCUGCUAGGUCGCUCGUUAAUGUGUACUACGAGAUAACCUCGUCCUUUAGUCUGUUAUUCACAGGCAUGAUUAACAACAACGUCGUUUAUGGAAAGGGCCUGAAGAUGGAACAGGCCUCCACCCUUUGUCUCUACACUCCCAACAUAAAGCAAGUCAUUAUAGUUGGAAACGUCUACGUUCUCCGUACCAUGGACAGCCUUGCUAUUUAUUCCGAUGCCGGCGUACACCUCCUGAACCUAGAUGGUGCAUGCACACACAUUGAGGCGCUAUCCCCUCACCUCUUUGCUGCCUUGGAAAGCGAGUCAGACGGCUUUCUUCUCAAGGUGUACGACACUACCGGCAUGCUCCUCUACCAAAGACACAGUCCCACCACAGGCUCCCCCUAUAGCUUUAGCGCUGACUCUGCCACGACACCAAAGUGCAAGAUAGUUAGUUCCUAUUCUACCGUACAAAAGGGGGUGACAGACAUCUGCAUUUCACUGACAGAUGUGCUGAUUGUCUUGCAUGUUGUCACUAUUCAACACAACACGGUGUAUUAUCGCACGCGUGCUAAGAGCAAGCCCUUCAGGUCUCCCGCUCUUCCCACUAAUUCGAAGAUGAAGUGCAAGAUUGAGCCCUUUGUUGACGAACUGCACAGUGGCCUAUUGUGUUCCUUUGAGCUUCCUUUUAAUAUGCUAGCAUUCGACAUAGUGGGUGUGGCGGUAGAAGGACCUACAGCGCCGUCUGAUGCUGUUUCGGUCUCUUCUUCCAGCCUAGGGAACGAUUUGGGUCCCCUGGAGGAGCACAGCGUACGCAUCUUUAUUCAUGACAUCAAGCAGCGUCACGUCCUCAGCUUUGCGCUCAACGUAUCAACUGUUGAGCCACUCAAAACUCAGUCCAAGCAUGCCAUAGACACCUCGACCAUGAAGCUUUCUGCUGGGAACUUCCGAAUCUUGAAGAAUGGAAUAGAAAACAAGCUAUUCUUCAACGAGUAUGACAAUUCGUUGAUCGAUUUCUCACGCAACAAGAGAUACUCUUUCCAGGAGAAGCCCUACCCCUCUGGCCUUCAAGACUCAGCUGCACUAGUGCUUUUUCAUCCUAACUAUAAUAUGAACAAGUGUACGCUUGCAAUGGUCAGCCCGCAGAGUGUAUCAACUGUGCAGCUUCUCAUGGAGACAAGCAUUCCUACCAGACCAAACCAAAGCAUAAUGACAUUCGAUAGGCUAGCAACAGGAAAUGCCGCGAUUCCUGUGGAAAAUUUAUUUUCCACCACCAUUGGGCCACCCAAGGUCUCUACGCUAUCAGUUAAUCUGAACACUUCACUCCUCAUGAAGCAGAGCGUCCCAUCACCUAAGCCCGAUCCUAUUGAUGUCAUUGAUGUACUCUCUGUUGCUUUGGACGAAGCUGGCCAAUUGCCAGCUCAUGGUGACACAUCCUCACCCACGCUAAGUCAGGCCAAGGAGGCGCUGCUACCUUCGUGCAAGAGCGACCCCGCUUUGUGCGAAGUAGUAUCUCUAAAGUUGCGCCCUCCGGGGUCCUCGAAUACUGUUUCCAUUCACCCACAUAGCAAACAAGGCACCCCAGGGCAGCAGCACCAGCAGGUCUCGGCGGCUCCAGCAUUCCCCUUGAACGUGGCCGAGCGCAUAGAGAAGAACAUCCAGAAGGAGAUGGCGGCGGGAUUAAGUUGUAUUUCCGACCUUCUUGCUCCAAAAGUUCCUCUAGAGGUUAAAACAGCGUCCAGGCUACACGAUAUUAGUGUAAAACUGGAUAAAAUAGGGAAAACAGUGGAGGAACUGGCGACAAGAUUAAUCACUACUCUUAAGAAAGAGCAAAAGUCGUCGAGGGUGGAGGCGGCGAUGCGAACUAUGGAAGCCUUACUUUCUAAAGACUUUCACUGUCGAUAUGAAAAUCUAUCGCUCACGGAAGACACACCUCCCGCCGCCCAAGAGCCUGACACCGUUCCUCCACUGCUGCAUACAUUGGAUGAAAUUUGCGCCAUGGUCCCGAGAGAGACACAGGAAAACAUCAUCCCAGAGCUUCCAGAUGGUGUCAGCACGCAGAGUCUUCUUAUUCAGUAUAUUCACAGCGUUGUGUUUAGAGAGACAACGCUCGUUACUGCCAGAAUGCUUCAUACCUUUGAACGCGAGUUCGCCUUCCGCAUGAAUGAAAGAAUAAAGGAAAUGAUGGCACUGGUUGAGAGCAGAACUGUCACUAUGAUAAAGGAGUCUAUCGCUAGCUGUAUCAAAAAGUGUCAACAGACAAAGGUAUCAAUUGAGCCGAAACAGUCUAGUGCAUUUCAACAGCACAAUGCUGCGAGUGACGACCGUACAUUGCAAGAGUUGAUUGGGCGCAUCACGGCUUGUGAGCAGCAGAUUCGUCAGAUCUCUAGCAAGCUGCAUAAGCCCCCAGAGCAACCAAAGCCCCAUAACCCUGUUCCACAGACCGUCAUGCCAGAGCCUCCACCGGUGCAACGCCUAACAAUCUCGAAAGCUACAGCGCCUUUCCGGCUUUCUCCCCCUUCAGAGCCAGCGCACACGUCAUUAUCAUUAUGGCCUUCUAGUCACGCUACAUCGGCACCCGUCACGCCCCAAUUGUCUUUUCAAGGGUCUACCGUGACCAUUCCCCGCCCAGACCUCACUCUGAGUACUUCUAAGGCCAAGCCGCCGGAAAUGUGA